UCCGGCACGUCAUGACGUGUUGACUGUGGAAGCGACUGGGCUUCCCCGACGGCGGCUCGUAUUCUUCUGUCUGGUUGUUUUUCAGGGCUCUUGUUAUUUAUUGUUACCGCAUUGCGAAGGACAGUCCGCGGGGGACGGAGACACCUUUCAUGUAGCGCAAACCAUCGAAGUAUCGAUCCCAUGGAAGUCGUGGACAGCCCGCUCAACCUCGCUCAUCAGCAGGGCAGGAAGGCCGACCGAUGGCUCGUGGCUGGGAAGUAUGAAGAGGCCAUCUCCUGCCAUGGAAAAGCAGCAGAUCUUUUGACCGAUGCCAUGAAGACAACAGAGUGUGAGCAGGCCCGGCUGUCCAUGGAGCUGCAGAGGGACAGCCAUAUCAAACAGCAGCGGCUGAUCCAGGAGCGCUGGAAGAGAGAGACUCGACGCGAGGCCACGAAGGCACGGCCCGGCCCAGCGCAGCCCUGCAGCAGCCCGGCCAGCAGCCCGGCCAGCCUCGCCCAAACCCAGGCCCACGCCCCCCCCGGCCUCUCAGCCGCAGAGGGAGAAGGAAUCAGGGAGAGGGAGUACGACACCUUGCUCUAUCAGCUGCAGACUCGGCAGACCGGAGGCUGCCAGCCUCUGACUGCGCUGUGCCCCGGCUCUAAGACCAUCAAAGACGACAAAACCCGCCUGGAAGAACAACAGACCACCAUAGUUGACCUGCGGCGCCUGGUCAACAACCUGAUGGACGAAAACCAACGGCUGGUGGCCGAGAACAAGCGGCUGCAGUCGGAAAACGGCCGGCUGCGCGUCGAGGCGGUCGAGGCGGUGGACUUCGUGGAGCGCUCGGAACUCUGGGUGCUCCCGCAGGCCGGCGGCGCCAUGGCAACAGGGGGCGGGCAGGAGAGGAAGAGCAAGGGGAAGGAGAUCGCAAUCCCUCAGCUGCCCCCGCUGGAGAUGCCGGCUCAGGAGGAUCUGUGUCUGGACGACCUGCCCCCUCUGGAGCUGCCAGAGGACAUCCAGAACGAACUGCAGGAGAUGCUGGACCGGGAGAAACUGUGACGGGACACAUGUCCUCCGCUCUAACAGACAGACGCUUUGGAGUCCGAAUGCUCAACAUGUCUGACACCUGAAACCCAUCAGACCUCUGCUCAAGUUGAAGGUGGACAGAGCUAUCAUGGAAACUCCUCUGAUAAGAAACGGGUGCACAGUAAUCAGUCCGAGUGAAAACACCUGUACACUAAUGCAAGCUAAGAUAACGGAAUCCUUCUCCAACAAUGUCGGUUGGAACAUCAGUGAGAUUGUUUUUUAAUUUAACAGAAUGUUUUUGUUUUUUUUGUCUGCAAGUAACAAUUAAACAACUCUGAAGAACGUCGGCAGCAUCAUCAUUUCAUUGUUCCGAAGCUAAAUUAUGGUGCUUUUUAUCUAUACGUCAGUUAUUCGCAUGAUACUUUGUGCAAAUGUUAACAGCAGCCAACGUCCCUUUAAACGCUGCUGGAAACAGUGGAGGAACUCUUGGCUAUUUAAUUUGGUAAACAUUGAAUAAACAGAACAGUUUUAUUAUGGAA